GAGAGGUGGAUGAUGUUGUCUGUGAGGGACAGAGGGGGACUCCACCGUCCGGCUGCCGAGCGGGAUUUACCUGUCGCUCCGCAGCGGCGCGUUCGCCGACCUGUUCUCCAACACACCUGUGCGGGAUUAGAGCUGGAAGUGUUGGCGGACCCGAGUGGAAUUUAGGAGACUCUUUUCUGAACCGUGUCUGAUUCUGGGAAGCUGCCCCCCGUCUUCAACGUCUUUUGCAAUGCAAACGUCCAGGAAACAGUAGAAGAUGGUGUCACUCAUUGACUGUUUGAGGUCGUAGCCAGCAGCAGCAUCAGGACCAAAGAGCACACUAGCAGUCAGACCAUGGACCUGAGAUUCACCAGAGGAGCUCUUCAUCUCCUGCUGCUGGCCAGACUGGUGCUGCCCUCUCACACAGAGAGCAUGCCCGACUUCAUCAAGUCCCCCGAUGAUCAGACGGGGAUUUCGGGAGGUGUGGCGUCAUUCGUGUGCCAGGCGGUGGGCGAGCCCAAACCUCGCAUCACCUGGAGGAAGAAGGGGAAAAAAGUCAGCUCUCAGCGCUUUGAGGUGACGGAGUUUGACGAUGGCUCGGUGCUGCGUAUCCAGCCUCUGAGGACUCACCGCGACGAAGCCAUCUACGAAUGCACGGCCACCAACAGCGUGGGGGAGAUCAACACCAGCGCCAAGCUCACUGUCUUAGAGGAGGACCAGAUCCCCCACGGCUUCCCCACCAUUGACAUGGGGCCCCAGCUGAAGGUUGUGGAGCGAACACGCACGGCCACGAUGCUGUGUGCGGCCAGCGGCAACCCCGACCCGGAGAUCUACUGGUUCAAAGACUUCCUGCCCGUGGACAUCGGCAGUAGCAACGGGCGGAUAAAACAGCUGCGUUCAGGUGGUACACCAAUCAGAGGAGCGCUUCAGAUUGAGAACAGCGAGGAGUCGGACCAGGGCAAGUACGAGUGCGUGGCAGUCAACAGCGCCGGGACACGCUACUCUGCUCCCGCUAACCUUUAUGUUCGAGAUCAACGGGAAGUGCGCCGCGUGCCUCCACGUUUCUCCAUCCCGCCCACCAAUCACGAGGUGAUGCCCGGCGGGAGCGUGAACCUGACCUGCGUGGCGGUUGGUGCGCCCAUGCCAUUUGUCAAGUGGAUAAACGGAGAGGCGGAGCUUACCCGGGAGGAAGAGAUGCCUAUUGGCCGCAACGUCCUAGAGCUCACAAACAUCCGUCAGUCCGCCAACUACACCUGCGUGGCCAUAUCCUCCCUGGGCAUGAUCGAGACCACGGCCCAGAUCACGGUCAAAGCCUUGCCCAAGCCGCCCACUUCCCUCAUUGUGACAGAAACCACGGCCACGAGCGUCACCCUUACCUGGGACUCUGGUAACCCGGAGCCCGUGUCCUACUACGUGAUCCAGUACCACGCCAAACUGUCUGACAAUGGCUUCCAGGAAAUAGACGGAGUGGCCACAACCCGAUACAGCAUCGGCGGCCUCAGCCCCUUCUCUGAGUACGAAUUCCGCGUUAUGGCCGUCAACAACGUUGGCCGGGGACUUCCCAGCGGCGUGGUGGACACCCGCACAAGUGAACAGGCGCCCUCCUCAGCUCCUCUUCACAUCCAGGCGCGCAUGCUGAGCUCCAGCACCAUGCUGGUCCAGUGGGAGCCUCCAGAGGAGCCGAACGGUCAAAUCAGGGGGUACCGGGUCUACUACAGCUCUGAUCCCGGCAGCCCCAUCAGCGCGUGGCAGAAACACAACACAGACGACAGCCAGCUCACCACCAUCUCAGGCCUCACAGCGGACAUCACAUACAACCUCAAGGUGCUAGGCUUCACCUCAGUGGGAGACGGGCCUCUCUCCGAGGUUCUGCAGAUCAAGACCCAGCAGGGAGUUCCAGCUCAGCCGACCGGUUUUGAGGCUGAGGCCGAGCUGGACUCGCGCAUCAUGCUGUCAUGGCUCUGGCCUGUCCAGGAUCCAAUAAUUGCCUUUGAACUGCUCUACUGGGAGGAAAACAAUCUAACAAACAAGCGUCAUGCCACUUUCGCCCCGGCAGGCUCCUAUGCAGUGGAUGGUCUGAAGCCAGACACACUCUACAUGUUUUCCCUGGCUGCAAAAUCUGAGAUGGGUUUAGGAGUCUUUACUCAGCCUGCUCGGGCCAGGACUGCCCAAUCCAUGCCUGGAGCCCCCCCCAGGAAGGUGGAGGCGGAUGCCCUCAACUCCACGGCCCUCAGGGUGACGUGGAAGCCUCCACUGUCGGUGAAGCAGCAUGGCCAAAUCAGAGGCUACCAGGUGGUGUACUCCCGACUGGAGAACGGGGAGCCUCACGGGCAGCCGGUCAUCAUGGACAUCUCCCUCCCCGACGCCCAGGAGGCCAUAGUCCCAGGUCUGCUUCCAGAGACAACCUACUCAGUGACUGUGGCUGCGUACACCACCAAGGGCGAUGGAGCUCGCAGCAAGGCCAAGGUGGUCACCACCACAGGAGCAGUUCCUGGUAAGCCCACUAUGAUGAUCAGCACCACCAUAGGGAAUACUGCCCUGAUCCAGUGGCAGCCUCCCAAAGAGAUGGUCGGGGAGCAUGUGGGAUACCAGCUGCAGUACAAGAGAGCAGAGGAGGAGGCCUUCACUAUCAAAGACUUCAAGAAGGCGGACGAUCAUUUCACAGUGACCGGGCUCCACAAGGGAGCCACCUACAUCUUCAAACUGUGCGGCAAAAACCGAGCAGGCAACGGGGAGGAGUACGUGAAGGAGAUCAGCACGCCCGAGGACGUUCCCAGCAGCUAUCCCCAGAACCUGAGUGUGGUCGGCCUGACCGCCACCUCCACCAACCUGGCCUGGGAGCCCCCUCCUCUGGCCGAGAGGAACGGGAAGAUCGUCAAGUACGCUGUGGUGUACCGAGAUAUCAACAGUCAACACAACAGCACCAACAGCACCACAGAAACGCGGAUGACCGUCCAAGGCUUGCAGCCAGACACGACCUACGACAUCAGAGUCCAAGCCUUCACAAGCAAGGGCGGGGGGCCCAUCAGCCCCAGCAUUCAGAGUCGGACCAUGUCCACUUCCAUGCCAGAGCUUCCCUCAGUGUUCACCAAGAACUUUGCCGUGAAGGCUGUGAUGACAACCUCUGUCCUGCUGACCUGGGAAGUGCCAGAAACCUACAAAUCCCAAGUUCCUCUCAGGAUCCUGUACAACAAGCAGAGUGUGGAGGUCCAAGGCGACCUGAAGAGGAAGCUGAUCACUGAGCUGCAGCCGGACACAGAUUAUUCCUUUGUGCUCAUGAGCCGGGGGAACAGUGCCGGCGGCCUCCAGCAGCAGGUUUCCAUCCGAACAGCCCCGGACCUCCUGAAGAUGAAACCGACUCUGCACCAGCACGAUGUGGAGGAGGGAGGCCGAGUGACCUUCACUUUGUCCGGGGCUGCUGCUGAAGCCCCAGUCAGGUGGUACUACAUAGUGGUUGUUCCUGUCAACCCACUUUCUCGGAGGAGAUGGGAGAACCCCGAAGACAUGGACAUACAUGAGCUCCUGGAGGCUGAUGCAGACACCAGUAUGCAGAGACGGAAGAGACAGAGCCAGGACGUCCUGCAGCCGUACAUCGCUGCCAAGCUGGACGCUCUGCCCGAGAUCUUCACGCUGGGUGACGAGAAGAAAUAUAACGGCUACUACAACAGGCCCCUCCCUGGCCAGCAGCAGUAUCGUUGCUUCGUUCUGGCCGACUUGACGGACCACGAAUCUACGUUUGCGGCCAGCCCCUUUUCCGAUCCGAUCAUGGUGAAGCUACACAGUGGGAUGACCCGACAGACUGAGGACCCAGAGAUGCUGUGGGUCAUGGGUCCGGUGCUGGCGGUCAUUCUCAUCAUCAUCAUAGUCAUUGCCAUUCUGCUCUUCAAGAGCAACCAAGAAAGAAAACGAACAUCCCCAGCCAAGGAAGAGCACAUGGCGGGGGUCAAGGACUCAUUGCUGACCCACUCAUCAGACCCUGUGGAGAUGAGGAGACUCAACUAUCAGACUCAAGGUUCCAGUGUCCUCAGUUGCCCGAACACUCCAAGAAUGAGGGAACAUCCUCCCAUCAGUCUCUGCGAUCUGGCAGACUACAUAGAGAGGCUGAAGGCCAACGAUGGUCUUCGCUUCUCUCAGGAGUACGAGUCUGUUGAUCCAGGACAACAGUUCACCUGGGAGCACUCCAACCUGGAAGUCAACAAGCCAAAGAACCGUUAUGCUAAUGUCAUUGCCUAUGACCACUCCAGGGUCAUCCUCACACCUGUGGACGGAGUUCCAGGCAGCGACUACAUCAAUGCCAACUACAUUGAUGGCUACAGGAAGCAGAAUGCCUACAUUGCCACACAGGGGCCGCUGCCUGAGACGCUGAGCGACUUCUGGAGGAUGAUGUGGGAGCAGCGAACCUGCACCAUAGUUAUGAUGACUCGCCUAGAGGAGAAGUCCCGGGUGAAAUGUGACCAGUAUUGGCCCAGUCGAGGCACAGAGACCUAUGGGAUGAUCCAGGUGGCCAUGUUGGACACUGUGGACCUGGCUACGUACAGCGUACGCACAUUUGCACUCUAUAAGAAUGGCUCGAGUGAGAAGAGAGAGGUUCGACAGUUCCAGUUCAUGGCCUGGCCCGACCAUGGAGUGCCUGAGUAUCCCACCCCAACACUGGCCUUCCUACGCAGAGUCAAGGCUUGUAAUCCUCCAGACGCUGGACCCAUGGUGGUCCACUGCAGCGCCGGCGUGGGCCGCACAGGCUGCUUCAUCGUGAUCGAAGCCAUGCUGGAGCGGAUGAAACACGAGAAGUCAGUGGACAUUUAUGGUCAUGUGACCUGCAUGCGGGCUCAGCGAAACUACAUGGUGCAGACGGAGGACCAGUACAUAUUCAUCCACGAGGCCCUGCUGGAAGCUGCCACGUCUGGCAACACGGAAGUCCCCGCCCGAAACCUGUACGCCCACAUCCAGAAGCUGGCCCAGACCCCCCCGGGAGAGACCGUCACCGCCAUGGAGCUGGAGUUCAAGAAACUGGCCAGCUCUAAAGCACAUACCUCAAGAUUCAUCAGUGCCAAUUUGCCGUGCAACAAGUUCAAGAACCGCCUGGUGAACAUCAUGCCUUUCGAGUCCACCCGCGUCUGCCUGCAGCCGAUCAGAGGGGUGGAGGGCUCUGACUACAUCAACGGCAGCUUCAUCGACGGAUACAGGCAGCAAAAAGCGUACAUGGCCACCCAGGGCCCAUUAGCCGAGACCACAGAGGACUUCUGGAGGAUGCUGUGGGAACACAACUCCACCAUCGUGGUCAUGCUCACCAAACUGCGUGAGAUGGGACGGGAAAAGUGCCACCAGUACUGGCCCGCCGAGCGCUCCGCACGCUACCAGUACUUUGUCGUGGACCCUAUGGCCGAGUACAACAUGCCUCAGUACAUCCUGAGGGAGUUCAAAGUCACAGACGCCAGGGACGGACAGUCGAGGACCAUCAGGCAGUUUCAGUUCACUGACUGGCCCGAACAAGGAGUGCCAAAAACUGGAGAGGGAUUCAUCGAUUUUAUCGGCCAGGUCCAUAAAACUAAAGAGCAAUUUGGACAAGAUGGACCAAUUUCUGUGCACUGCAGUGCUGGAGUCGGGCGGACCGGUGUGUUCGUCACCCUGAGCAUCGUCCUGGAGAGGAUGAGGUACGAGGGAGUGGUGGACCUCUUCCAGACCGUCAAGGCGCUCCGAACUCAGAGGCCAGCAAUGGUGCAGACAGAGGAGCAGUACCAGCUGUGCUACCGGGCGGCUCUGGAAUACCUGGGAAGCUUCGAUCACUAUGCAACAUAACGCCACACAGAAAGACGUCCUCAGAUUUGUCUCCUCUGAGCCACACCUGCUCUACACAACCAGCCCCCCCACCUGCCUCCUCCCCCCUCCCCCUGCCUGAGGCCCGAUGAGGAGGCUACAGUACGAGGAGAUGACCACAGCGGGACAGGGCGCGAUAAGAGGUGGGAGGAAAGGGGGACAGGACGACGCCCUCCUGGACCGGUGCCAUGAUUCUGCCACAGACCUGACACCAAAACCUUCCAAAAACCUGCCCCCGAAAGACUUGUGGUCAUUCCACUUGCUGACUGAAGACUCCCGCCCCCCUAGUUUCUGCCUCUCCUUAUAGCAAAAACAAAUGCUCUUUCAUUUAUAUUUAUCAUUACUAUGUUGUUAUGAAUAUUCACAAUUUAUUUUGUAAUCACUUACACUGGUUGUUAUGUCUUAAUGAUUUUCUUUCCUAUAUUUUUAUUAUUUUUAUUAGCACAGAGGACCUGUAUUUUGAACAUUAAUACUGGAGAGCGUAUACUCACAGCUGCUAAUGACUUUAUUUCGUACCAUAUAUAUGAUAUUCUGAUGUUAUCAUUGAUCUUAUUUCGGGGGAAAGUGGGUCAUUUUGAUAUCCAACAGAACAAGGGUGAACAUAUCUCACAAACCGAUCAAGUAAACGCAGUAUAAAAUUAACACCUGGCUAUAAACAUGCAAAGACUAUUCACAUCUCAACAACUGCAAGCAUGUUUCAAGUCAACAAGUGUCGACACAUUUUCUCAAAGACGUCGGAAAGGUGGAGACUUUCAACUAAAGGAAUCUGAAAUUGGUGGAAAUGGUCGCGCUCCCCCCAACACAGACUCAGGCACACUGAACACAGUGGCAUUUUGAUCACAUGCUACAUGCGCUACAGAAGAAAAUUGUGACUCCAUUUUUUCUCAUGGUCAGGAAAUCCCACAGAAGCUAAAACCAAGAUGGGGUUGCUCUCCCAAUUCUGUGUCUCUCAGCUCCUGGCCUAUUGGUUCCUAUUGAAAAUAUUCUUUAAAAUACCAGCAGCUCACAAAUAAAUCAAUAGAAAAAAUAAGUAAUUGAUUUGUUCAUUUGAAACAAAGUGCAUUAGUUGGGGACUGUUUGAAGCGGUGGAUUAAUUUACUGUACAUUAAGUGAUCUAAAGAUGUUUUUUUAAGGGGACCCAAAUUUUGAAAAUGACAAAUGUCAACUUAUAUUAUGUUCAACAGCCAUUUAUGAGAAAUAUACGUAUAAUGCAUUACUUUAUAAAUGAGACCAAAUCAAUGCAUAUAUGCACAGUUAAAAGGCUUCUCAUUGUUUUAAUUUCCUACCUUAGGUUAAGAAAAAGUAUUUUAUUUUCGAGUUGGGGGCCGCUUAUAAAUAGGAUCUAGUUGUCAGAACAAUACAAACCAACAGGCUCCCUCACAGGGCUCAAAGGUGCACCGCAGACAAUGCAGGAAAUUCUGCUUAUUUUUUUAGCCACACUAAUAUCUGCUUUGACCCAUUCGGGGGUGGUGACCCAGUCCUCGGAGGUGACUGGUCUAAUGAGUCAUUGUGGGAUUAGGUGAAAAUAAACUGGAAAUGAAAGAAACAUGUCACCCAGUGUAAGAGCGCUGAUGGGUUUUUAAUAGAGCUCUUUGUCACAAAGGAAGACGAUCGACAAAGCUUUACUUGUUGGUAAGAUCAAUUCACGUGGGAUUUGUUGGCAAGAAAUACAGAUGCUGUAGAAUAUCCAGCGUUGUUAUUCAUAUCUGAUUUUUCCCAUAAUGUCCAACCUGUUGCUUAUUUGAAAGGAUUGACAUCGGACCUGGUGGGGGGGGGCACCCACUCACUUUCAUUGACUUUACAUUUUUGGUAUCAGCCAAACACAAUUGUUCAAUGCUGUUGGCAUGUGCUCAAACUCCUUUCAUAAAAUUUCCCGAACAUUGUGUUGAUAUCUAAAAGCUUGCGUCGAUCAUAUGGGAAUGUAGUUUGGUGAUGUCCACACAUUUCAGACUUCCACACUCCUCUCAUAACCUGCACCUUUCUGUUAUCAUAUGCUUUCAAAGAGAUGACUGGAUCCCUGUUCAUGACCUGUCAGAGUGCAACUGUCUUCGCUGUGUUGAAGAUGGACAGAUAUGUGUAGUGUGUGUGUGUGUGUGUGUGUGGGACGGGAGGGUUGGAUGAAGUGGACCAUUUAACGGAUUCAUUUCAGAGAGGGGUCCCUUCUGUUGUAUACAUGAUCUGUUUGUAUUUGUUAAUAAAAAGCAGAAAAACACGUCUUGAAGACCUUGAUGUUAAAGUUGAAUAAAGGGUUUUUAAUAAUAUCAA